UUUAUUUUUGUAUUUUUUUAAAUUUUUGAAUCUUGUUUUUUAUUUUUGUAUUUAUUUUUGCUUUUAUAUUUUAUAUAUUUAUUUAUUUAUUUAUUAUGUUGGCAGUUUUGGUCCUCCAUAGGAGUGGUCUACAUGAUCCACAUGAAAAGAAGGACUAAUCCCGGUCAGACUGAUCAGCGUUAGCAGGAAUGAACCAGCAGGGGGUGCUGUUACACAGGCUGACACCUUCAUGUUUGUAUGACAUUACAAUCACCUUCAUGGUAGCUUGGCAGGUAGGUAGCUAGGUAGCAAGGUAGCAUGGUUGGUGGGUGGGUAGGUAGGUUGGUAGAUGGGUGGGUAGGUACCUACCUAGGUUGGUAGGUAGGUCCAUACUUGAAUCAUCCCCAGGUGUACGACAGUGAACAAUAUGAAACUGGGCUCGGAAGUCGUCCAUGUCCCAUCAUAAUAGGCGUGUUAAGUAGCUGCAAAGCGGAGGUGGGAAGUGAGGGCGCUGGCCCUUUAAGACAACAGGCGUGUUCAGUAGCUGCAAAGCAGAGGUGGGAAGUGAGGGCGCUGGCCCUUUAAGACAACAGGUGUGUUCAGUAGCUGCAAAGCGGAGGUGGGAAGUGAGGGCGCUGGCCCUUUAAGACAACAGGUGUACGGAAGUGAAGCUCAUUAGCUGGCAAACAGAUUGUGAGCAUGUACCAAAAUGUCCCUGAAGACACCAAAUGUGGGAAGUGACUGUCCUACGUUGCGUGUGAACGCGUGCCAUGCAGACCCACGGCAGCUGAUUUUGCUUCUCGAUGUCCAACGUUGUCCACAGGGCGUCCUGACUGGCGACAUGAGACAGCUUGUGUCCUUUUUCAUCAGCCUCGCUCUGACAGCCCUCGUGCAAGCCCAGGACCAGGUCCAGAUCCAGUUCCAGACUGACCCCGUUCUGGUCCUGACCGGCACAGAGAUCCAGUUCACGGUGCUAACCAUUCCCGAUGUGCUGUCUGUGACCUGGCGCUACGAGGGCGUCAUCUUGGGUCUGUGGGUCGGCGGGACGUCCACCAUCAACGCGGUGCCGCAGUUCAGCGGCCGGGUCACCAUCACGGCCACGCAGCUCCGGAUCGGGGGCGCCCAGCUGGCGGACGCGGGGGACUACGCCGUGGACGUGGUCCCCGUGGCCUCCACGGGGCUGACGGAAAACUCCCGAUCGGUUCUCCUGAGGGUUUUCGCGCCCGCCCCCUACACGUGGCAGCGUGACGGCGAGGCGGUGGUGCCGGCGCAGCCCGACAGCGGCGUGCUCGACGUCCAGACGUCCUCCACAGACGACGGCGGGCGUUUCACCUGCACGGCCAGGAACGAGGUCACGGGCGGCACGUCGGAGCAGGCGACAGACGUGUCGGUGGAAAACACGUGCCUGGACGUAGGCGAAGUGGUCGGGAUCGUGAUUGGCAGUUUCCUGCUGCUCCUCAUCCUGGUGUUGCUCCUGGUCUUGCUGGCGUGUCUCCUGCUGAGGAGGCGGGCGCGACAAAGGCGAGCGAUGGAAGCAGCGGCGGUGCAGAAGAACCACGCCCACCCCCGUCCUUCGCCUCCAGAUGUACCAGCUGAUGGCCCGAGGGGUCCGGACCGAGGUCCCGACCCCCCCGUCUUUCAGUCAAGCUCACAAGCCCGUCGCCCGCAGGUCCGAGCAGACGGCGACCUGAACGGGAUGCAAACCGCUAACGCACGCGGCGCCUCCUCCUACCCGCACGACGGCGUAGACAACCCGGCUUUCACACGCCACGACCCACACCCGCCCAAUCCCAACAUCCUCAUCCAGACGGGCACCGCCCAAAGCGGCGGGCAGCCUGCAGCGGUCCAGCUCAGCCUCAACGCGCUGCCGCAGGGCGGCCAGCAGCACAGCAGGAACCCACAGAUGCCAACCAUCCACCUCAACCUCAACGCCUUCCCUGCUGGCAGCCAACACGCCCAGCAGGACGCCAACAGGACCAGGACCUACAAUCCAUACCCGGUUGGCACGGCACCACCAGGCGGGCCGGCCCACCCGCGUCCAGCCGGGCGCAGUCAGGAAACCGGGUUUACCUCGACCACAAUGGCGCCUUCCACGCACACCGCUCAGCGCAACGCAAACACGCAGACCUACCAGCAGGAGGCGGAGCUCCAUGGUAGCCCCACCCACCGUCAGAUGCCAUGGGAUCGUUUGCGAGGGACGCCAGCGUACCCCCGCAGGACGCUUCCAAGACCGCAAAGUCCAGACAGCACAGACUACACCAGCCACCCACCUUUGCAGCAGACGCCCCCAAGAGGUGGGAACCCAUUCAGAGAAGACGCACCCCCAACGGGGGUCCAACUCACCAGGACGAGGAGCCGCUCGGUCGAUGCGUGGAACACACGCGCCCUCAGAGUGCCCCAGCUCGAGCCCGACAACCACUCCCAUAGAAGCCCCCCCACACAAAGGGAGAGGGCCCGGCAGGACUUGAGGGCACCCCCCGUCAGCCAGGAGGGUACGCCGAGCACCAACCCUUUCGUGAGGCCCCAGGGUGCGGACACCAGAGCUAUGGCCGACCCCAACCACCUCCUGCAACCCGGGGUGGCUGUGGUUCAAACGCACCAAGGUCCGAGCGCCGGAACACACGGUGCCGGCCAACCUGGCCGAGCAACCAGCUCAUCCACCCCGAACCAGAACCCGGCGCAACCGAGCGCCCUCACCCAGGCGGCGCUCAAAGUCCACACUGAGAGGGCGCAGACCUUCCAGAACCGGAGACAACAAACCCAAGCUGCUCUGCUUCGCCCUGGGACGCAGACCCGAGGCCCCACCGCCCCUGGGGGCCCACAUCCGCCCACCCCUCCGCCCGUUAUUCCGCUCAGCCGCUUCCAGAGUCUCCCCAGGACCCGUCACAGAUCCUCUCCGACGCGGGGCCCCCAACAGCAGCCUCAGCGACGCCCGCAGCACCGACCCGGACACCACCACCAUCACCAUGGCAACGUGCCGGUGCACGGCCAUGCCCACCCACGCCAGGCUCAUCGGGGGCCACCCAGGUGAUGGGCCACCCAGGUGAUGGCCCACGUCGGCAGCGCUGCCUUGCCUUGUUUGUUCCACACGGGGGCCGGCGUGUUGCCGCUUGUCCCGCCUUUCCACGGCGCCUCAGUGACGGUCACGUGAUGGAGCUGUCACGCACUUCCUGAAAACGCCCACCGCCACCUUCUGCUGGGGCUCUUCUGCUUUUUCUGAUUGGCUGCUGAUGGCCGCUCGUUCCGUUAGCGCUGAUAUCGAAACCUGCCAACUUUGCUUUGGGCUUGUUGACCUCUGACCUGUCAUGGCUGGCUACGGGCUGCUUUCCGCCAUGAUGAUGUUCUUCCUGCUGCCAGUGAAAGGACGGACGUCAGUGAAGCUUUUCCUUGGACAAUCAUGGAAGUCAGGCAGCAGGAGCUGGGAUGCCGGACGUCGAUAUUCCUGCUGUGCUAUUGACUUCUUUUCACUCACCAACUUCCAUGUUUCCUGCCCGAAGCAAACCACCAUGGUUUACGUGUUCAUGACCUGGACUCCAUCUGAGGUUAAAGGUCAAAUCAGGCCCACGCGAGCCAUCUGUCAGAGUGGAUUGGAAAUAUGACAUAUGAUAUUUACAUUCUUUUACAACAUCAAAACUGUCCUUUUCAUUCCUUCUAGCUGUGAUUAAUUAUGUGUUAAUCAUGGAAAAACUGAUUAAUCACAAUUAAAUAUUUAUAUAUAUAUCAUGUGUUUUUAAACACUGUGGAAGAUUUAAAUGACCCUUCUUAAAAGCAA